UGUACACUUCGUUCGUAAGAACAUUUGUCAGUCGCUAUUGAAGAGAUCGCUGAUUUGGACGUCAGCCUCCAGAGUGAAUUUGCUUUUUUCUCGGCAUUUUUUUUUAGUAAAAGAUAAUUUAUAAUGCCUGCCAACAAACCCUAUGAGCGCCCAAAGGACUUCAUCGAUCCUGGUCUGCCUUCAAAAUGCACAUGGCAUUUAGGCACGAAAGAGAAGACACCACACAUUAAACGUCCCAUAGCUCACCGUCAAAAGCUUACACCCGAUAUAUUGGAGGUUAUUGGCUGCACACCCUUAGUCAAGUUGAAUCAUAUACCCCAAACUGAAGGAAUAAAGUGUGAGAUGUAUGCAAAAUGUGAGUUUCUCAAUCCCGGUGGUUCCGUAAAGGAUCGCAUUGGUUAUCGCAUGGUACAAGAUGCCGAGGAGAAGGGUCUGCUCAAACCGGGCUGUACGAUAAUCGAGCCCACCUCUGGUAACACCGGUAUCGGUAUUGCCAUGGCGUCUGCUGUUAAAGGCUACAAGUGCAUAAUCGUAAUGCCUGAGAAGAUGUCCAAUGAAAAGGUAUCGGCGCUACGCGCCUUGGGUGCCAAAAUUAUACGCACACCCACCGAAGCGCCCUACGACAGCCCUGAAGGUUUGAUUUGUGUAGCACAGCGUUUGCAAAAGGAACUACCAAACGCCGUAGUCUUGGAUCAGUAUCGCAAUUCGGGAAAUCCACUGGCCCAUUACGAUGGCACUGCGGCCGAAAUCCUAUGGCAGACAGACAAUAAAGUCGAUAUGGUGGUAGUUUGUGCUGGCACUUGCGGCACAGUCUCCGGCAUUGGCCGCAAAAUCAAGGAAGAAUUACCGAACUGUAAAGUAAUUGCUGUGGACCCAUACGGUUCGGCAUUGGCACGCCCGGAAGUGCUAAAUAAGUCAGACGUACAAUUUUAUGAGGUGGAGGGCAUAGGUUAUGAUUUCACGCCCACGGUAAAUGAUUACAACGUAAUAGAUUCAUGGGUUAAAGUCGAUGACAAACAAAGCUUCCUCAUAGCGAAACGUUUGAAUGCCGAAGAAGCAUUGCUAAGCGGUGGCUCAAGUGGCGCUGCUAUGUGUGCAGCACUAAAAGUGGCCAAAGACCUGAAAGAGGGUCAACGUUGUGUGAUCAUUUUGCCCGAUGGCAUAAGAAAUUACAUGACGAAAUUCGUUUCGGAUAACUGGAUGGAAGCACGUGACUUUAAGCCAGUAAUAAACGAACACAACCACUGGUGGUGGGAUACACCGGUGAGUGCGUUGAACUUAAAAGCGCCGUUGGUGCUCAAAUCAGAUGUGAGCUUUGCCAAGGCGAUCGAGACACUCAAAGAACACAAUGUGACACAAGUGGCGCUCACAGACGCCGAUGAUGGCACACUUUUGGGCGCUGUACUGCAAGAAACGCUGAUCAAUCAAAUCGUAAGCAUGAAUCGUAAAACGGAUGAACCUGUGGUCAAGGCAGUCAACAAACGUAUUAUACGUUUGCCUUCCAAUGCUAUUCUGGGUAAAUUGGCGCGCAUUUUGGAACUGGAUCCUUGUGUGUUAAUCGUGGAUACGGAAAACGAGAAAGAAGUCGUUAAGGGAAUUGCCACGAAAUUGGAUGUGCUUGCCUUCGUUGCAAGUGGUGCCCCACAAACUAAUGGCACCAAUGCUCAAUAGUAUCCUUUGACAUGCAACCGAACUUUUAAAGAAGCUUUUAUCAAUUCCGUUAGUGAUGUGACCUAACUAACUUUUGUU